AUGAAUCAUGACCUGGACACACGCAACAAAGGAAUGAAUCAUGACCUGGACACACACAACAAAGGACUGAAUCAUGAUCUGGACACAUGCAACAAAGGAAUGAAUCAUGACCUGGACACAUGCAACAAAGUAAUUAAUCAUGACCUGGAUACACGCAACAAAGGAAUAAGUCACGAUCUGGACACAUGCAACAAAGGAAUGAAUCACGAUCUGGACACAUGCAACAAAGGAAUGAAUCAUGACCUGGACACAUGCAACAAAGGAAUGAAUCAUGACCUGGGCACAUGCAUCAAAGGAAUGAAUCAUGACCUGGACACAUGCAACAAAGGAAUGAAUCACGAUCUGGACACAUGCAACAAGGUUAUGAAUCAUGACCUGGACAAAUGCAACAAAGGAAUGAAUCAUGACCUGGACACAUGCAACAAAGUAAUGAAUCAUGACCUGGACACAUUCAUCAAAGGAAUGAAUCAUGACCUGGACACAUGCAACAAAGGAAUGAAUCACGAUCUGGACACAUGCAACAAAGGAAUGAAUCACGAUCUGGACACAUGCAACAAAGGAAUGAAUCAUGACCUGGACACAUGCAAAAAAGGAAUGAAUCAUGACCUGGACACAUGCAUCAAAGGAAUGUAUCAUGACCUGGACACAUGCAACAAAGGAAUGAAUCACGAUCUGGUCACAUGCAACAAAGGAAUGAAUCAUGACCUGGACACAUGCAACAAAGUAGUGAAUCAUGACCUGGACACAUGCAACAAAGGAUUGAAUCAUGACCUGGACACGUGCAACAAAGGAGUGAAUCAUGACCUGGACACAUGCAACAAAGGAAUAAAUCAUGACUUGGACACAUGCAAUAAAGGAAUGAAUCAUGGCCUGGACACAUGCAAUAUAGAAAUAAAUGACAUUAUUAAGGUUCGGUAUAAUGAUAAAUUAUCAAAUAUUAGAAUUAUAAGAAUACAUCCCAGAUAA